AUGGUUGAUAAGGGUGUUUUAUUUGGUUUUGACAUAAGUCAAAUAGGUCAAAAUGAUGGGGAAAGGUGCUUUGAGAUGGUUAAGGCCGAAAAGUAUAAAUCUUUAGCACCAUCAACCUCAAUGUACUGGAUAUUCGAUGACGAAACCUGUCCAGAAAUGCUUAUGGCCAUUCGAAAGGCUAAACAUGAGCUUAACCAUCUUUGGCCUAUUUGUUCCCCAGAUCAAAAUGUCGCAGAAUUAAUAUUUCAGAUUGUAGGGCUUGAGCAUGAAAUUAAGGUAUUAAGAGAGGAGAAUGCAAAAUUAUAUGACCAAGUACACGGAGUUACCCCGGAUCCUCUGGCUCACAAUUCCUUAGAUCAAUUAAUGACCUCUGUAAAUGACAUUAGCGUGUCUAUGGUUUGCGAUGAAACUAUGACACCGACAAAUUACUUCAGACCACUUCCUGGUGUAAAUACAAUCCUAGCCUGUGGCGAGAAAUCUAGAAUCGAUAAAGAUCAGUCAACGGCCCUCACAGCCAAAGUGUGCCAAGGUAUAGACCAAAUAGCGCAGAUGUUCUAUGAUAAUGACAGUGUUCAACAAAGCUGUGAUAACGAAACGCUAAAUAUGGGCGAUCAAGCUAUGGGUUUGUCUGAUCCAAACUCCUAUCCACCGUCAAAGACUUCAGCUGGUCUCUGCUCGAGUGGCCUGCAAAUUUGGAAGAAAGAAUCCUCGGCUCAACUAAACAUUCAUAAGGAUCUCCAACCUCCAGAAAUUCCUCUUGGAAAUCGUCCAGGUGGCCUCAAAAUUUGCAAAGAAGAAUCCGAAAAACCAUUAGGUCUUCAGAUCUUCAAAGAUCCUGAGGGUGUAGCAGGUCGGAGUGAAUUCCAGAGGCCUCUUGCCGCCCGUGCAGCAUUAGGCGGCAUCCAGCGUUCACCCCCAAAAACCCAGUACCAGCAGCCAAUUGGAGAUGAGAAUCUUGUUCCAAGGUAUCUGCAUAACGAUUUUAAUCAGUUGAAUCUCACUGGCUCACGGAUCGACUUAGUCCCAUGUUGUGCAUCAACGGCAGUGUUUCAGGUGCCAAAACCUGCUGUACUGCCCUCUCCUAUUGCUCCCAUUUCUAGUAGUGGCACAAAUCGGAUUUCACCUCCCACAAUUAAACCAAAAGUUGAUACGCAACUGGAUGUAGUUGCACCCAUUCAACCUGCUCCUCAGCAAUUCAAACAGCAGAGUGAUGAAAACGACAUGGACAUGGGGAAUUCAGGCAAUGAAUCGCCAAACCGACCAGUAUCCCCAUUGGCCGCGGCGUUCAAUCAAUUUGUCCAUAGUCCCGAUAAGAGUGGACGAUUGCGUAUCGACGCGACUAAAUUUAUGGAGGCUUUCCUCACAAAAAAGAAUAAAAAUCCCUCCUCCAGUGCUAAUGAACGAAAAUGGCCUCAAUUGUUCUAA